AUGCCUUAUAUAAGCGAGAUUACCUACUCGGGCGAUGCGACAGUCCAGGCUGUUCUCGGAUACUUUCGAUUCCUGGCAGCUAUGUACCUGGAUGAUUCGGAAAUUCUUGAGCCUCCCGAACAUGAAGAGGUUAUUCAACUCCUCCGACAUCUCCCCUACAUACGCCAGGGUGAGAUUGCCCCUGGGCGCCAGUUUGUGAAUUGGCAUAUGACUCCUGCGGACAAGGAUGGUGAGGAUAUCAGAGAGGCGACAGAGCCUUAUCCGAACGAAGCAACGAUACCACCUCACAUUGUGGGUCUAACGGUCCAUUCCCGGUAUGGUCUGACCUUCGUACUCGACACCGAGCUUGGUGUCAUCUACUGGUACGAGUGUAUGAGUGAAGCCAAAGUCGCGAUUUCAGAUGUUCAAGUCGACCCUUACGGCUGGUUGGACGAUGAUCUAAUUCCUGAAGAUCAGGUCGAAUGGCGGGCCGACAGUGGGAUCUGGGAAAUCGUGGACUUCUUUGAGAUGCUCAAAGCCAAUUUCAAAACGCUGAACUUCGUACCUUUUAAGUCGGAUCGAGUUAGGGCUGCUUGGUAUUGGGACACCGCAGAGGGUAAGAAGGAACUCAAAGAAGUCCAGAAGAUCUACAGAGAUCAUGGGUGGUCUGAUCUAACACGAUACCACAAGGAUGAUUGUCUCGCAGCUAUCGAGGCUAUGUUAAAAGAUCGUGGGCAGGAUUUGGACAUGGGGGGAAAGGAGGAAUGA